AUGUCUGAUAAUUCCGAUUGUCUUUCAGUAACAUGUCAAGCAUCUCCUAAUAUUGCACUUAUUAAAUAUUGGGGUAAACGAAAUGAAGAACUCAUUUUACCCGAUAAUGAUUCUCUUAGUAUAACACUUGAUCUUGGUGAAUUACAUUCGGAUACAACUGUUUCAACAUCAUCAUCUAUGACAUGUGAUACUUUUUAUUUUGAUGGUAUUCAACAGACAAAACUUUCUAAACGAAUGCAAAAAGUUCUUGAUGAAGUUCGUCGACGAGCAAAAAAUGAUCAAAUAAAAUUUGUUGAAAUUCGCUCACAUAAUACAUUUCCAGCAUCAAGUGGUCUUGCAUCAAGUGCAUCAGCCUAUGCAAGUUUAGCUAUUGCAUUAACAAAGCUAUUUAAUUUAGAAAAUCCACAAUCAACAGCUGCUUAUUUAGCACGUAUUGGUAGUGGUUCAGCUGUUCGCAGUGUUUAUGGUGGUUUUGUUCGUUGGUCAAGUGAAGGUGAAUGUCUUUCAUCAUGUAUUUAUCCUGUUGAACAUUGGCCAGAACUUCGAUUAAUUAUAUUAAUAUUUAAUUCAAGUAAAAAACCUGUUUCAUCAACUGAUGCUAUGCAACGUACACGUGAAACUUCGACAUUAUUUCAAGCACGUCUUUCAACAGUUAACGAUAAAAUUGAAAAAUUAAUUCAAGCAAUUAAAAUCAAAGAUUUCAAUACAUUCGCAAAAAUAGUUAUGAUGGAUAGUAGUCAAUUUCAUGCUGUUUGUAUGGAUACAUAUCCACCAGUUAUUUAUCUUAAUGAACAAUCAAAACAUUUGAUUGAUUUAGUUCAUGCAUUUAAUAAAACAGAUGAAAAUGAAACAAUGAAAGUUGCGUAUACAUUUGAUGCUGGACCAAAUCCAUUUUGUUUUAUUCGUGAAGAACAUGCCGAUGAAUUUUUAAGUCUUUUAAAACAUUUUUAUCCAAGUAAUAAUGAUAAUGAUAAUGUUCAUAAACAAGUAUCGAAUAUCGAUGGAAAUUUUUCUUCAAUUAAUCUUCCAAUUAUGGCUAAUGCUCUUGAAAGAAUCGUUUUAACAAAAAUUGGUUCUGGUCCAAAAAUAAUUUAA